ACUACACUUCCCACAAUCCCUAACGUGCUCAGCAAUGCGACUCCAGCUGGAUGGACUGCUUCCCAGCUGACUGCUCCUCACAGGAGACAGCUCGCAUUAACGGGCGAGGAGAGCAGCGGAGAGGAGCUGAGCUCUCCGGCGUCAUGGAGUAGCACUACGAGAAUUAAUAAUAAUAAUAACAAUAAUUAAAAACCAGACCUACUCUCGCUUCACGCGCGGACAUGUUCAAACGCAGAAGAAACUAAAUUAUUCGCCCCGACAAAAAAAACAACAACCCAGGUUUGUCGGUGACACCCUUGAAGGUUGGAUUGAAUCUGCGGUGGUUUUCUUCACGAGCUCUCCAAAGAUGUCAGACAAGAUGCUGCACGCGGAGAUCGCGCGCCUCUCCAGCGAGCUGCACGAGACGACGCGCGAGAAGAUCCAAGCGGCGGAGUACGGGCUCGCGGUGCUGGAGGAGAAACAGACGCUCAAGCAGCAGUAUGACGAGCUGGAGAGCGAAUAUGACAGCGUCCGACAAGAACUGGACCAGCUCAGAGAGGCGUUCGGACAGGCUCACUCCAACCAGAGGAAAGUGGCAGCUGAUGGCGAGAGUCGGGAGGAAUCUCUGCUCCAGGAGUCGGCAUGUAAGGAGGCGUACUACGAGCAGCGUGUGCAGGAGCUACAGACCGAGCUCAGGCAGGCACGUAACGCCCUCACCAACACGCUGUCGGAGAACGAGCGCCUGUCUACCAUCACCCAGGAGCUCAGGGAGAACAGUCAGGUGGUGGAGCUGCAGAGGUCCCGACUCCGUGAUGACAUCAAGGAGUACAAAUUCCGCGAGGCUCGUUUGCUACAGGACUACAGCGAGUUGGAGGAGGAAAACAUUGCACUGCAGAAACAUGUGUCUGUGCUCAAACAGAGCCAGGUGGAGUUUGAGGGCCUGAAGCAUGAGAUUCGUCGCCUGGAGGAGGACACGCAGUUCCUGAACAGCCAGUUGGAGGAUGCCGUCCGCCUGAAGGAGAUAGCCGAGAGACAGCUGGGAGAAGCUCUGGAAACCAUCAAGACUGAGAGGGAGCAGAAGGCGGCUAUGAGGAAGGAACUGUCCCAGUACAUGAACAUCGGGGACUCCAUGUACCACAAUUCCUUAAGCAUCUCUCUGGAUGGGUUGAAGUUCAGCGAAGAUGUGAUGAUCGAACCCAACAACGACGACCCGAUACAUGGCUAUGAAAACGGCUUUGACAAGAUCCCUAAUGCCGAAGAUAACCGGAUGUCCACGCCCAAAAAGGACCAGCUGUUCCAUCCGGCCCCCAGCCUUGUGGACGACUUGCUGAGUGAACUAAACAUCUAUGAAAUCCAGAAGCUUAAACAACAACUUGUGCAGGUGGAGCGGGAGAAGGUGACGUUGCUGUCAACACUGCAGGAUUCACAAAAGCAGCUAGAGCAGGCCCACGGGGCUCUGUCAGAGGAGCACGAGAAGGUGAGCCGCCUCACUGAAAAUCUGAAUGCCAUGCGCAAGCUUCACGCCAGCAAGGAGCGCCAGUCAGCCUUGGACAACGAGAAGGAACGUGACAGCAAUGAAGACAGUGACUACUAUGAGGUGGACAUCAAUGGGCCUGAGAUCCUGGAGUGCAAGUACAAGGUUGCUGUUUCCGAGGCGGGUCACCUGAAAGAGGAACUGAAAACUCUCAAGUCUGAAUACUCUGCUUGCCGGUCAGAGCUUGAGGAGGAGCGUAGCCGUUUGGAGAGCCAGGUGGUGUCGCUGCGCUCCGAGCUGAGCACCCUGGAGUGCAGCAGCCGUGCAGAGCGAGAACAGCUGGCACGGAUGGAGAAAGAGUUACGCCGGGCCAGUGAGGCAGCCGGUGAGAGCCAGGGAAGCCUGAGCGUGGCACAAGACGAGCUGGCUACGUUCAGUGAGGAGCUCGCCAACCUUUACCACCAUGUUUGCAUGUGCAACAAUGAGACGCCCAGCCGUGUCAUGCUCGACUUCUACCGCGAGGGCAAAGCCAACACUGGCACCAACAGCAACAAUCGGGGCAGCCCUGAGGGCCGUGGCCGUCGUUCACCUAUCCUGCUGACACGCGGCCUCUUCCCCACCCCCGAAGCAGAUUCUCCGUCCCCUGUUUCUUCCCCAGUGGCUGACCCACGCAAGGAACCAAUGAACAUCUACAACUUAGUGGCCAUCAUCCGUGACCAGAUCAGACACCUGCAACUGGCCGUAGACCGCAGCACAGAGCUGUCUCGCCAACGCUUGGCCUCUGCCGAGCUUGGUCCCACCACUGACCGUGACCACGAGGCCAGUGUGGAAGAGAUCCUUAAGCUCAAGUCUCUUCUCAGCACCAAGAGAGAGCAGAUCGCCACCUUGAGAACCGUCCUCAAAGCCAACAAGCAGACUGCUGAGGUAGCACUGGCCAACCUGAAGAGCAAAUACGAGAAUGAGAAGGCCAUGGUGACCGAGACGAUGAUGAAGCUGCGCAACGAGCUCAAAGCCCUGAAGGAGGACGCUGCCACCUUCUCCUCCCUUAGAGCCAUGUUUGCCACCCGCUGUGACGAGUACGUCACUCAGCUGGACGAGAUGCAGAGGCAGCUGGCAGCAGCUGAGGAUGAGAAGAAGACCCUGAACUCGCUCCUACGCAUGGCCAUCCAGCAGAAGCUGGCCCUCACGCAGCGUCUAGAAGAUCUCGAGUUCGACCAUGAGCAGACGCGCCGGGGUGGAGCCAACAGCAGGACCAAGUCCGCCUCCACCCGGGCCAAGGCCGCUCACAACCCCGCGCAGUCACAUUAAAGUUCAGCCCCUAGUUGUCGGGGAAGUCGCCAUUCCAUCAUGCUGAUAAAUUCAUUCUGCGUUUUGCCCAAAGGAAAUCCACUGGAAGACAAAAAUCUCAUUUUAUAAUUAAAAAAUAGUAAAAAAUAUAUAUAUUUUUUUUACAUUUUAUUUACAAUCUAUUAAUUCUCACAGGAAGUAUUUGAAAAUGAAUACAAACUAAAUCUAACAUGGUUAAAAUGGCAUCAUUACCAUUUUAUAUAGUUUAAUAGGCAGUCCCUACAGGAUUCGCAGAGUUGUUGUUUUUUUUUUUUUGUUUGUUUGUUGUUUUGGUGAUCGUUGCGGCCAAAAAUGUUUGCGUUUUUUUUUUUUCUUCAUAAUUUGUGAUGCAACUUGCAGAGUUGCAUAGAAUUUCAGUUGGUAAAAUUGCAACUGCACAAAAUUAGUAUGCAGUCUUUCACGGUGAUGUUUUCGGUAAAUGAGACCUUCGUGAAUGUGCAUUGCGAUGACGUCACAUGACGCAUCUUGGCCCAAAUGUGUGGGAAAUCUGCAGUCAUUUUGAAAACUUGCAAGCUCCUCCGAAUAUUGCGGAGUUUACUUAAUUUUGCGUUCAUUUCUGCGAAUUCUGGAGGGACUGAAUAGGAAGCCAUCGCUCACAAAUAAUGAAACUCCGCCUAUAAGAAUUUCGAUUCCGAGUAAAUUGGAAAACAAAAGAAAGGUGUUAAAGAGAAACGAUCCUACAACGAGUAGUUAUCUUUUUUUGUUUUGUAAACUGUGCACUUUUAAUAUAGGUAUAUCGCUUUCAUUAUUAAUCUAGGCUUAGGUUUGUAGUGUUUUGGUUUGUGAGUCAGUUCAAGUAUAUUGCAUACUAUACAAAUAUAUUGAUAGUAAUCGUUUUUAUUUUGUUGUUGUUCCAUAUAUGCAUUCUGUAUGCAAAGAACAGAGAUCAUAUCACAUAUCCAAAACUACUCACACUGCAAACCAGUCCUAUUGUAUUCUGUGAAAUGAAUCCAUGAGCAUAUUAUCAUUUAUAAUUUUUUAUAAUCACUCGCUCAUGUCAUAUGUUGUUGUUGUUGUUUUUUGUUUUGUUUUGUUUUUUCUCUCCAUGUUUGUUGUUCUGCCAUAUUCUAAAAACAAAAUCCCGGGUGGUCAGAUGCUGGGCUUUUUUGUCUAUUUAUUAUUCUUAGGAAUAGUUCAAAGUGAACAUGGAGAAACUUGAUGAUAUUUUUGGCUUAACACAGUAAAGCACGCUUCAGAAAGAACCAAAUCUAUAGCAGAUGAUGUGGAAAUGUUUUGGUCUUCUAGCGCCGCUUUACUCAAGCUUUCUACGGAUCGCUGAUGUCACGAAUUCUCUGCAAGCGUAAAAAUUAAUUCCAAAUUGGAAUGGUCUCAUUCUCUCUUUAUUUAUCGUGCCAAUGUCUCGGUACACUGUUUUAUGUUUGAUACAAGAAUAAAUAAAAGUAAAAAAAAACUGGAAUGGAGAUCAGAAAGAAGAGAAUUGCUCCAUUGGGUGUGAUUUUGAAUUGCUCCCACUUUCAUGCCCUCCAUUUGAGUUGACUUUGUUGUUUGUUUGGUUUUUUUUGUUUUUUUUUUUUGGUUGGUUGGUUGGUUUUGCUCUUCAUUCUGACCAGUAGUGCCUUUCAUUGUUUCAAGAGAGAAUUAUAGUCGAGGUUUUAGUUUUUCUAGUUGUUUCCCCUCUCCUGAAGGCAAGAGGAUUGAGCAAGAUUUCUUCCUUCAGAGGAUGCUUAGAAGCAGCAAUAAGUGCAAAAGACACACAAUCAGUUUUGCGAGCGUGUGUUUUGUUAGACAUUAGGUAAGUGAAAUUGCAGGGAAUUCUUGAGAUCAGUGACCCCAUUAUCAAAUUCAGGGGUUUUAGCAAAAGGUCUUUUUUUAAAAUCAAGUGAUGGGAAUCAGAAUUCAUCCUAUUUGCCUCAUAAUGAACAAAAAAAAAAGACAGACACCACACAGUAGUGUGGUGUUUGCAGGUGGAGACUGGUGUAACUAUAGCUUUGUUUGGUGAAGGUAACGUGGUAUUCAUAGUAUUGUUGACAAAUGAGUGAACUCGUGUCCUCGUUUUGUCCAAUUUAUGUUUGCUGUUCUUGUUUUGUUUUUUGUUUUUUAAAUCUUUUUGGUUUUAACAUAUUCUUUAAGCAUUGUGAUUUCAGGAAACAGAAAACAUUUUGCAUCAACAAGCUUGAAUAGUGCCAUGAAAGUCACAACCAGUUUGUUGAGGCAGAAAAACCCAAUUAAUAUGUUUUGGGAAGUGAGCAAAAAAAAAAAAAAGGUCAAUUAAGUGCAAUUCAAACUGCUGAUUUACAAAGCAAAUGAGCUUUUCUGUUUGCUGGAAGCGAUAGUGUUGUUAUUCAGCUAGCUGAUAACUUUAUACAGUCAUAUUGUGUUCAGUAUUGAUCCGCGAGGAGAGUUUGAUACCUUUAUAUAAAAAAUAAUGACUUCAUCCAUAUGUUGGUAUUUAUUUGAAACGUUUUACAGUACUGUUAUCAAUAAUGUGCAUUAUGAUUGAUUAGUGGUGGAACAUGUCAGACGCAUGUCAUUCGUCAGCUAUGGAACUUUUACACAGAACGGAAAACAAACCGCUUGAAACAGGUUCAAAAUGAAAAAGAGGGGAAGGGGGGAAGAAUUAAAUCAUUAAAAGAAAUGUGUUUAGCUAUUAAGUGACGUAUUACUGCUGAACUAACUCAGAAAAAGUGUUGUUUUGUUUUCCUUAGAGGGAUACUCGUCUGUGUAAAGGUAGUCAUGCUGGUUUAAAAAUCAAUAAAAAGGACUAAAAUGUU